AUGCUUCAUCCCAAAAAUGGAGUGCCCUUGGCCAAACAGGCCGCUCUGGCGGCGGAAGCCGAUGCCAGGGCCAAGAAACGCCAGGAAGAAGUCCUUAAGAGGGCAGCCAUGAGGAAGCAGAGGGAGAAGAUGGCCGCUUGGCAGAUCGAUCAGAAGCACCAUGAGACACCGGACCGAGAAGGCGUGGGUCCCGAUGCGGUGGACCCUGAAGAGGUGCGAUGCUUGAAUUGGACUUGGAUCAGCGAUGAGCACCCUGAAGAACUGCACGAGCGCUGCACAUGUGAAGAUUUGGGAGAGGUGGGUUUAACACAGCAGCCGCUGGAGGGUUGUGCCGCAGAAGCCAACGCCUGGCGGACCAACUUGAGUGGUAGUGGGCUUUUGGGAGACACCGCGUGGAUCGCCUUUCACAUGGGAGACGAGCGCUGUUUAGUACAGCGCUGUUCAGGCACCUGUGUGCGCCUCGGUGAUCGAUCUCCAGGUGCCGUCCGCGUGACGCACCCUUACCUGCCCAGUGGGGCUGGACCGCUCCCGGCGUUGUCCAGCUUCGCGCCCCGGGAGCUCUGCCCCGGCGGAGCUGCGACGAUCCUGGCGGAGCUGGGUACCGUGAGUCGAGAGGACGGCGUGGUGCCGGCGGAGGUGGCGGAGAUCGAGUUCCAACGCUUGUUCGGACCGCUGCGGUUGCGAGACCAAGCGUUUCAGUCCCUCCGCUUCGAAUGCGCGGCCGACGCGCACCGAGCAGUGGCAGACGUGUGUUUGGGAGAGAAGUGCGAUGAGUGGAGCAAAUACGCCCUGCCUCGGUGCCAGGUCUUCCUGGGACUUCCCUAUGAUUUUGGAGAUUCCAACUUCUUGUAUGCACCAGCCUGUGAGCGCUCUGGCCAGUUCUAUUGCCCCCCUGGGCUGCCCUUGGCACUCCAGUUGACCCUCAAGGCUGGGAGCCGCUCGGCCACCGUCUGGGCCGCCAUGCUGGAGGGUCUGAUGCCUGGCAUCGUUGCGGUGCGUCGAACCUUGGCCGUGCAGCUGGGGCUCAGCGAGGAAAGCAACAAACUGGCACGAUAUGCCUGGGAGUGGCUGGAGCAUGAGGAGACCCGUUUGGGCUGUGGUGGAGACUUGGCCUUCUUCUCCAUCUCACGAGGCGUCGGCAUGCUGGACCAGGGCCAGAUCGGUUUGCCCAUGGCUCUGUGCCCCAGCUGCUGUCGCAGAGCUUCUGGGCGACUGCGGGUGAUCUUUCUGCGCGAUCCCGUGGCACGGAUGUGGAGCUUCUUUGAGGGCUAUUGGUUUCCACGGAAGGGGCAGUUGCUGCCAGAGCCGAGUUUCGAGACCUGGCUUCGAUUGAUUUUGAGUCGCAAUGCCUCGAGCUCAUCCCUCUUCGAAGCGAGCGACUUGGAUCACGUGCGUCCAGCGCUCCAUCGGCCACUCGGCCACGAGAGCCAGGAAGUGAUGUUCUGCAUGGAGGACGUGGAGAAAUCUCUGAGACGCGUGGAGGGAGCACUGUGCAGGUAUUACCAACAUUGUACUCCACUCCCGCAAUUCCCUGCGGUGAAGAAGAAGAAGAAGGCCUCCUCUUCGAAGCCCUUGGCGACGCUCGGCGACUUCGCCGCCGGACUCGUGCGGGAUCGCUUUCACUUUGAUUUUGAUGCCUUGGCUUCCUGCUGA